UUGGCUUGUUUAGGCAAUAUGUCAUCACUACAGGAUGCAGAGGCUCAUCUUGAAGAGAUGGAGAAGGCAGCACUAUCUAUGAUCAAGGAGCUCAACGCAACUCUGUCACCCAAGAAAAAGAGAAAAUCAAAACCAAAACCAAAACCUUUUGUUCGAUGGAGGAAACGGGACAAAGAUGGCAACAUUGUUGCCCAAAGACGCAAGUCCCCCUCAUCAAACUCAUGUGCGAAACGGGUCAGAUCAUCCACUCCCAGUGUUCCUGAGGGGGUUUCUGUACAGAUGCACGAUGACCAAGAGGAAGAACUUGAGAAUGCACUAAAAGAACUUGAGAGUCUUCUCAGUGUUUCACACGAUGACACCGAUGUCGUUAUUGAUGCCAGCACACCAACAACAGCUAGCGACUGGAAGACUCGAAACAUCUUCUCGUCAGAGAGAUGGAAGGAAGCCAGACAACAGCUUGUGGAUAAUAUGCUCAGAGCAAACUGCAUCAAACCACAGCUCUGUCAGAGAUGCUUAAAGAAAGACGCCACAAUCAGAUGUGCUGAAUGCAUGCCCAUGCAAUAUUACUGCUGUGAUUGUGACAUUAGCCAUCAUCAGUCCCAAGCACUUCACAAUCGGGCAUCCAGGAUUCAUGGCUUCCACAAGCCACUGCCGCCAACAGUUGUGGUGAAAGAUGAUGCUGACGGGCACUAUUCUCAUCACAUAUGUGUAAGAAUAUUGCCAAUGGAAAUGCCAGACCAUAUUUGUGAAUGCCCUCCAGAGAGUCUAAAUGUUGUUCCAGGGAGGCCUAUAGUCUUCAUAAACAUGAAAGGGCGAUAUGAUCUGAACCUCCCAGAGCUGCGGUGUGGAAGCUGCUGUGCUAGCUGGAAACCAGAGCUCAAAGAUGUCCAAGUUAGUGGCUACUGGCCGGCCACAAUACAUUUUUACACACUUUAUGAUGUAGCCAUAUUUCAAGGAUUCAAGGAAAUGAAGCUGGUUGCUCCAGGGAAUUCUCGCUUGAGCUUUAUGAGAAUGCUCGAUGCACAAACAACAGAGUGUGGCAGGACUGGUAAAGUGUGUUCUGACACAUUCUACAAGAGCUUCAUGGAGUGGGUGAUAAGCUCUUACGAGGUGAACAAAUUGUGUUCGGAGCAGCCGUUCAUCUGCCCAGCCUGUUGUCCACAAAUGCUGGCUGUGUCCGUCGAUGGAAACAGGAAGCACUACCGCUUCAAAAAGGACGGGUGUACUGAUGAAGCAGGUUACUUUGAGGGUGUGCUUCUCUGCAAAGAUGAUGAGGUGGCAGCAUUUGUGGAAGACAUCCAAAAGAGGACCAAGCAUGUGCCAGGAAAGGGGGUUUGUGGCAGGUCUCAGCUGAAUGCAGCCAAAGAGACGAGUAAGAGGAGUAGCUCCAGCCUUGAUGAGCAGGGUAUAGAAGUAGCUGUGUGCCGACAUGGGAUUAUUCUUCGUGCUCUGAAUAUGUUCAGGGGUGAGAUCUUCGCUUAUCCCAUGUUCCUGCAGAAGGAAGUCUCUGCCAUCAGUCCUCCAACCUUCUUUUGCAUGGACGUUAUUUGCAAAUAUUGGCCUUACAUCAGCAGAAUUUGUGAAGCCUACCCUGAAUAUAAUCACCUCACUACCAUGAAACCCUUUCUGUCUGUGCUCCAUGCUAAAGCACACGGUAUCAAGUGUGAGGUAAUUUUAGACAUCAAUUUCAUUUUCAUUUGUUAAAUUACUCGUGGGGCUACUAUGUGAAAAGGGGGAUGAUUCCUA